CUCUACAGACUUUAUAUAGAGAGAGAAAGAUACAAAGGUUUUUUGCUCGAAACAAAGAAACUUGCGGUACACACACAUAAACAAUCAUUGUCGCUGCUUCUUCUUUCUCUCCCCCAAAAAUCCAAUCCUUUCUUUUUUUCCCUUUCCUCAAAUCCUCUGUUCACCAAGAACAAUCUUCGUUCUUCAAGAAUUAAAACAGAACAAGAUCAUCUGAAAAAUGGGCAAGAAAGAUGAGAAAGUCGAAGCUGUUCUUCAUGUACUCAGGAAACAAUCUCCACUCACUCUUAAACAAGAGAAGUUCUGUAACAGAGAGUGUGUGGAGAGGUUCUUGAAAGGGAAAGGAGAAAAUGUGAAGAAAGCUGCGAAGCAACUAAUUUCAUGCCUUUCUUGGAGACAAAACAUUGCUAUUGAGCGUUUGGGGGCAGAGGAAUUCUCGACGGAGCUUGCAGACGGUGUAGCUUACAUCGCCGGACACGACGGAGAAUCCAGACCCGUUAUCAUUUACGCGUUUGGUGGCGUUCACGAUGGAGACUGCGAUCUCGAGCAUGUCCAGAAACGCGGAACAGAGCGUUGUUCUUCUCUUCGAUGCAAAUCAUCCUCUGCCUUUGCAAAUUUGCUUUUGGCGACCCUAAAAAUCAUCGCAGAUAAUUACCCAUGCCGACUUUACAAGGCCUUUAUCAUCGACACUCCCUCGUUUUUCUCUUACAUUUGGAAGGGCGUUCGUCCUUUCGUGGAGCUAUCAACGGUCACCUUGUUAGUCUCGUCGCUAGACUACGACGAACAGCUCGAUUUUAGCCACGUGUCAUCAUCAUCAAAUCCAAGAUCAGCAUCUCUACGUUUCGACGCAUUGUCGAUUAAAUCAACGCCUACGAUUGGCUCAGCUUCUUCAAGAUUCGCCUUCACCGUACCUCAGAACUCCUUGAAGCCGUGGUACCUUUCUUUCACUGACACAUCUCCGUUAAACGCUGCCGUCUCCACCGCCUCUAAAGUCUCACCGAUCAGCGCAAGGUCGCUUUCUUUCGCUUCUCCAGCGGCGCGUGGUAUAAGAGACGCGACACCUGCCGCCUGUAGGAAGAGUCUUUUCCCAUCGACGCCGUUGCCGGAGAAGACGAAAACGGUUUCGUACCGGCAAACUCCACGUCCGUCAUUUUUUCAGUCGCCGGCGAUGUUCUUUCGCGGGGAGAAAAAUAUCGGUGGAGGAGGUGAGAAGUCGUCAUGUGAAGCGUUCGUACCGUAUCUCAAGUUUUACCGGAGACCGUACGAUGAGACGGCCUAUAGGUCUAAGCUGCGGGGUCCACGUGGAUUUGUGUCAGUCGUGUCUUCGCACAGAAGAAGUCGCCACGUGUCUUUUUCUCAGCGGUUCUAGCUAUUACGUCAAAAAAAGACGAGAUUUGAGGAACGAGUAUAUAAUAAUUAGAACUACAUUAAUUCUGUUCCGAAUUACUCUUUCUCUAUUACGGUAAUACUAUUUAAUACCCAAUGAGGUUUUUUUGCUAAUUGUUUAUUUUU